GUCUACUUUAGUUAUCGACACAUCGAUCUAUGGUGACAAAACUUCCUUUGGGAUUCUUACAUGAUGUAACUACCUCCUAACCUAGUAUGUCAACUAGGUAUUGCAUCUCGACCGGUUGCAUGUUGAAAUUAGCUGUCCUCUUUCCGGUCUGCCCUAUCGUACUCCAAAAAGAGAUCAGAUCCAUCCGCUAUGAUCCGUAUGCCAGGUACCAGAUGUAUGUAUAUGCAUGCAGUAGCCCUGUAACUUAUAACCCAAUAUGUAUAUCGGCCUUUUCCUUAAGGAAGAAAUCGGUUGAUAUUUUGACUACUAUGUAAGGACUUCCAAUCUAAAAUGCUACCAUCCGUCAGCCAUAUCAGCCCAAAGCCAUCUUAGCAAAUUUAAAUUCGUAGCGACAAGUUGACGGUCUCGACGGUCUAGAACUCUGUAAUCUUUGGGUCUCCAAUGUCGUACAUCGUAUUCAUGUCUCAGAUGCAACAUCGAAGGGAUUAGCUGCGUAGCCGCAUUGCAACAUCAUCCCCAUAGAUCUUAAAUCCAAAAUUAUAUCCUAGCUCUUAGCCCGUAGCUCGCCCUGUUAACAAGCAAAAAUUCCAAUAUACCUAGGUUAGUACUAUAGUAAAAAAAGAAAUCGUCAGAUUUCUUACCAUUUGUUAUUUGUACAGGGAUAAUUACGAAUGCCG